GAGCCUUCAGUACUGAGAGCAACUCUCGCUGACAGUUUGUGCUUACUUUUGGCUCUCCCAGCAAGCAUAAACCAUGUCUGAGACGGCUCCGGCGGCUCCUGCUGCUCCCGCACCUGUGGAGAAGACACCUGUGAAGAAGAAGGCGAAAAAGACUGGCGCUGCUGCGGGGAAGCGCAAGGCGUCCGGGCCCCCGGUGUCCGAGCUCAUCACCAAGGCUGUGGCCGCCUCCAAGGAGCGCAGCGGCGUGUCCCUGGCCGCGCUCAAGAAGGCGCUGGCGGCCGCCGGCUACGAUGUGGAGAAGAACAACAGCCGCAUCAAGCUGGGGCUCAAGAGCCUGGUGAGCAAGGGCACCCUGGUGCAGACCAAGGGCACCGGCGCCUCCGGCUCCUUCAAGCUCAACAAGAAGGCGGCUUCCGGCGAGGCCAAGCCUAAAGCCAAGAAGGCAGGCGCGGCCAAAGCUAAGAAGCCCGCUGGAGCAAAGAAGCCCAAGAAGGCGACUGGUGCUGCCACACCCAAGAAAGCGGCCAAGAAGACCCCGAAGAAGGCGAAGAAGCCCGCGGCUGCCGCAGGCGCCAAAAAAGUUGCCAAGAGCCCGAAAAAAGUGAAGGCAGCUAAGCCCAAGAAGGCAGCUAAGAGUCCAGCGAAGGCCAAAGCUCCGAAGCCUAAGGCCGCUAAGCCCAAAGCGACCAAGCCUAAGGCCGCCAAGGCAAAGAAGGCCGCUCCCCGCAAGAAGUAGACAUGGCGCGUCUUGCUUUGAAAAAUCUCAAACGGCUCUUUUCAGAGCCACCCACAGAUCUCAUUCAAAAGAGCUGCAUUUCUGUCCAUGUUUUAAAUUGCCUCUUGUGGCCUUGGUCAGCCGACUCUGGCUUUGUAGGCGGAAGCACAGUUGUGGGAUUCCCUUUGGGUGUGUUUCGGAAGUUUUUGAAUGCCCAGAGCAAGGCUUGGUUGUGACUAUUCUAGCUUCAUUUUGUUGGCUGCGGUCGGUUUUUUAAAAAACCCUUUGGAAGGGCACUGGCCUGGGCGGGUUAUCUAGGCAUUUUUAUGAUCACUAUCUUCUUGGCGGGAAGUCCUCAUUUCUGGCGCGCAGGCGUGGUAAUGCACUGUGUUUAGCAAACCAAUCCGACAGUGGGGAUUACAGACUGGGGCUGACUCUUGAAAUGUUCUUUUCCAAUGGGUCCGUAGACCGUGGUUUUGAGAAUUACCCAAUCAGGCUAUCCUAUCAGUCAUGAGUGGAAACGUUGAGCCAAUCAGAGAUUGGGAUACUAAUGUUUGCGUUUGUGUACUGGGACGCAGGCAUUCCCUGUUCUCUCCCCCCCUCCGCUCUUCUGCACCUCCAUUUCCCCUCCCCCACCUCUGAAAUUACCAGUUCUAAGUGGAUGAGAGGCUGAGAUACUGGAUUUUUUGUUUGUUUGCUGCGAAAGACUUGAAUAACUUCAACAUCCUCGGAGUUUGUAGGGAUUGAUGCCAUCGUCACUAGACUUUUAAAUCGUAAUGCUAAGGUUUUUUUUUUUUAGUAAAAUUUUAGCACUUUUGGCAGUUCAUACACCACAUUGCUUCUUCGUAAUUUUUCCUAGCUUAUUUGUUCUCCCCCCCCUUUUUUUUUUCGAGACAGGGUUUCUCUGUGGCUUUGGAGGCUGUCCUGGAACUCGCUUGGUAGUCCAGGCUGGUCUCGAGAUCCGCCUGCUUCUGCCUCCCGAGUGCUGGGAUUAAAGGCGUGCGCCACCAACGCCUGACCUUUCUCCCUUUUUUAGCGAGUAAAACAGUAAACAAUUUGAAGGUAAAACCAUUUUGGACGGCUGCCUGGUUUGCAGCUGGACUUGUGAAAGUUAAAUAAAAAAAGAAAAUGAAGUUGAA